CCACAAUCCACCCACAGGAGAGCAGAGCGGGGCAGAGCAGCGAGAUGGCUUCCCUACCUAUCUGCCCGUCGUCCCCUUCCUCCUUCCUCUCAUGGCCGCACCGCCCAAUCUCGCUCUCCUUCCAGCCCAAGAACCACUCCUCCUCCGCCUCGCCGGCCGCCGCACAUGUCUCCGUCCAGGACUCGCCGCCCCAGGACCCGGCGCCUCCCUCCGACCCGGGCCAGAAUCCCAAGAUUUCCAGCACUGCGAGGUUCCUCUGGGUCAACCCCAACAGCCCGCGUGCCGCCGAACUCGCCCGCGCGCGCGCCGGAUCCGGCCGCCGGGCCCGCCUCGCCGCCGCGGCUGCAGCGCUCGCCGCGUGCGAGCCCGCCGAGGCGCCCGUCGCCGCCGCGCUCGAGGCCGCCUUCCCCGAGACCCCCUCCGAGCAGGACGCCGCCAUCGUGCUCAACACGGCCGCCGGCAACCCGGCCACCGCCGUGCUCGCGCUGCGCUGGUUCCUGGAGAACGCGGAUGUCCGCAGCAAGGUCAUCCUCUACAACGUCGUGUUCAAGGUGCUGCGCAAGCGGCGGCGCUGGAGCGAAACGGAGGCGCUCUGGGACGCGAUGCUGCGGGACGGCGUGCAGCCGGACAACACCACCUUCUCGACCGUCAUCAGCUGCGCGCGCGCCUGCGGCCCGCCCGGCAAGGCCGUGGAGUGGUUCGAGAAGAUGCCGGAGUCGGGGUGCUCGCCGGACAUGCUCACGUACUCGGUCGUGAUCGACGCGUACGGCCGCGCCGGGGACGCCGAGAUGGCACUCCGCUUGUACGACCGUGCCAGGUCUGAGAGAUGCCAGCUCGACCCUGUCAUAUGCGCCACGGUGAUCAAGGUGCAUUCGACCAGCGGCAACUUCGACGGCGCGCUCAACGUGUUUGAGGAAAUGAAGGCCGUCGGCGUCAAGCCAAACCUGGUCGUGUACAACACCGUAUUGGACGCCAUGGGCCGUGCCAUGCGGCCGUGGGUAGUGAAGACCAUCCACAGAGAGAUGGUCAGCCAGAAGGUGCAGCCCAACAGGGCAACCUACUGUUGUCUCCUGCAGGCGUACACCAGGGCACGCUACGGUGAGGACGCGAUGAUCGUGUACCGGAAGACGAAGGACGAGGUGAUGGACAUCGACGUGGUGCUGUACAACAUGCUCCUGUCAAUGUGCGCCGACAUCGGCUACGUCGACGAGGCCGAGGAGAUCUUCAGAGACAUGAAGUCGUCCAUGGACACCAAGUGCAAGCCUGAUAGCUGGACCUACUCAUCAAUGGUGACAUUAUAUUCCUGCACUGGCAAUGUCCCUGGUGCAGAGGCCAUACUGAAGGAGAUGACAGAGGCAGGUUUCAAGCCCAACAUCUUCAUCCUCACCUCGCUCAUCCGGUGCUACGGUAAAGCGGGAUGCACCGACGACGUUGUCAGGUCAUUCGGCAUGCUAGAGGACCUCAAAAUCACGCCCGACGACCGGUUCUGCGGCUGCCUUCUUACCGUGGCAGCGGAUACGCCGGUGGAGGAGCUCGGCAAGGUGGUUGACUGCAUCGACAGAAGCAAUGCCGAGCUUGGCACCGUGGUGAAGCUCCUGGCGGACAGGAAAGCCUCCACUGAAUCCUUCAAGGAGGCAGCUAGGGGCAUCCUGAGCGGCGUCCGUGGCGUGGUGAAGAUGCCCUACUGCAACUGCUUGAUGGACCUGUGCGUGAACCUGGGGCAGAUGGAGAAAGCCUGCGCGCUCCUCGACGCCGCGCUGCAGCUCGGCAUCUACAGCAACGUGCAGACGAGGACGCAGACGCAGUGGUCGCUGCACCUCAGAGGCCUCUCGGUCGGCGCUGCCCUGACCACUCUCCAUGUCUGGAUGAACGACCUGUACACGACGCUUCAGAGCGGAGAAGAGCUGCCACCGCUGCUCGGAAUCCACACAGGGGAGGGGAGGAACAUGUACUCUGACAAAGGGCUGGCCUCCGUGUUCGAGUCGCAUCUCAAGGAGCUCGACGCGCCCUUCCAUGGCGCUCCCGACAAGGCCGGCUGGUUCCUGACGACGAGCGUUGCUGCCAAGCACUGGCUGGAGGCGAAAAAGUCGUCAGAACUAGUGGCCGUGUAGGAUGCACAAUCUAGGAGGAGGUACAUAGGAUUUAUUUGUUUUUUGAUUUGGCAUAACUUGUGGGUGUUCUGAAAUAUUCAUAAUCACCCUUCUGGUGACAGAUGUUUCUGUUUACUUUCAUGACUAAAGAAUACCAGUUCUUUUCAGUA